CCAAUCAGGCGCCGAGCGGGGCAGCCGCGUUGCCAUGGCAGCGGGGGCCUUCCGUGAGGACGGCGCGCAAUAUGGCGGCGCCCAGGGCGAGCGCGGGACCGGGGCCGCCACCGGUCCCGGGCGGGCGGAGCCGGGAUCGCCCGGGAAUGGCGGAGAGACCGGGACGGGCUCGGGCUGCCGGGGCCCGGAGCAGGUCACCAGAUCCCAUCGAGGACGUGCUCGGGGUGCUCCUGGGAUCUGAUGAGGAGGUCCCGGCUCCGCCCUCCCGAGGCUCCCGCGCCUCCUUCCCGCAGGUGAGCCCAGGUGAGGGCAGCAGCUGCCCCCUCCAGGAGCCGGAUCACCGGGAUCCCAUGGAUCACCUGGAUCCCGUGGAUCACCUGGAUCCUGUGGAUCACCGGGAUCCCGUGGAUCACCUGGAUGAGCUGGAUGAGCUGGAUGCAGAAAUCCUGGGAAUGGGCAGAGCCGGGUCCAGGCCGGGGAAAUGCAGGAAGGGGCCGAGUCCCCAAACAGCCCCGCCCCGUCCCGAUGUCACCUUUGGGGACGACCUCGAUGACCUGAUGGAUUCCCUGGGACUCAGCAGCGGCGCCGACGGAGCCGGGAGCGCGCCGGGAACGCCGGGGGGCCAGGGGCUCCGGAAGGGCCGCGCCGGGAUCCGGGAGCUGCCGGGAAAGGCGGAAUUCCAGCCGGACCCCAAGGGGCAGGAGCGGCCAGGGCCGGGCGGGGCCCGGAUCCAGCCGGGUUUUCCCUUUGGAUCCUACGAGCCCUCGGUGGCCUCGGGGACAGCGCGACGACGGGAACGGAGGUGUCCGGCUGGGAGCAGCUCCCGACGUCCCUCCGGGGCCACCUGGCUGGGGCUGAAGGACGAGGAUUUCCUGGAAUUAGGGGACGAGGAUUUCCCGGGAUUGGGACAGAAGGAAAAGGAUUUCCCGGGAUUGGGACAAAAGGAAAAGGAUUUCCCGGGAUUGGGACAGAAGGACAAGGAUUUCCCGGGAUUGGGACUGAAGGACGAGGAUCCCCCAGGAUUGGGAUCGAAGGACGAGGAUCCCCCAGGACUGGGACAAAAGGACAAGGAUUCCCCAGGACUGGGAUCAAAGAACAAGGAUUUCCCAGGAUUGGGAUCGAAGAACAAGGAUUUCCCGGGAUUGGGAUCGAAGGACAAGGAUUUCCUAGGAUUGGGACUGAAGGACGAGGAUCCCCCAGGACUGGGAUCUAAGAACAAGGAUCCCCCAGGAUUGGGAUUGAAGAACAAGGAUUUCCCGGGAUUGGGAUCGAAGAACAAGGAUUUCCCAGGAUUGGGAUCGAAGGACGAGUAUCCCCCAGGACUGGGACAGAAGGACAAGGAUCCCCCAGGACUGGGAUCGAAGAAACAGGAUUUCCCAGGACUGGGAUCAAAGGACACGGAUUUCCCAGGAUUGGGACAGGACAAGGAUUUUCUGGGACUGAAGAGCAAAGAUCCUCCAGGAUUGGGAUCAAAGAACAAGGAUUUCCCGGGAUUGGGAUCGGAGGAUGAGGGUCCUCCAGGACUGGGAUCAAAGAACGAGGAUUUCCCAGGAUUGGGAUUGAAGAACAAGGAUUUCCUGGGAUUGGGACAGAAGGACAAGGAUUCCCGGAAGGACAAGGAUUCCCAGAAGGACGAGCAUUCCCAGAAGGACGAGGAUUCCCGGAAGGAUGAGGCUCCCGCUGCCCCGGGAUCCCCGCGGGGACGGGGCUGGCUCGGCGCUGCCCCGGCCCCAAAGCGGUGCCCGGCGGAGCCUCCGGAGCCCCCCGAGCCCGGCAGGCUGGCGGGACCCGGUGGGACCCGGCCCCACGGGCAGCUGGCGGCAGCCGUGCAGGAGGUGCCGAGUCCUGCCACUCCCACUCAGGAGGAUCCAGCAGCUCCUCCAGCCCCACCCCGCCCGGAGAACCCCCGAGCUCUCCCGUCCUGGCUCUGCCCGGAGCAUCCUGCAGCUUUCCCGGAGCAUCCCGCAGCUUUCCCAGCCCGGAGGCACCAGGAGGCUCCAGGAGCUCUCCCAUUCCAGCCCCACCAGGAGGCUCCAGGAGCUCUCCCGUCCCAGCCCCACCAGGAGGAUUUGGGAGCUCACCCGUCCCGGCCCCACCAGGAUUCCCAAACUCUCCAAUCCCACCCGUGCCAGGAGCAUCCCGGCUGUGGGAUCGCCCUGCGCAGCCUCCAGGCCCGGCUGGAGGAGCUGGAAAACCAGGUGCGGACGCUGGAGCUGGAGCGGGCACGGCAGGGACUGGUCCUGCAGCACCUCCCAGAGAGCGGCCACAGAUCCCUGGAUCACCCUGGGGCACAGGAUCACCUCAGAUCCCAGGUUCACCCCACAUCCCUGGAUCACCCAGACCCUAGGAUCACCCCGCAUCCCUGGAUCACCCCACAUCCCAUGAUCACUCCAGAUCUCUGGAUCCUUGAGACCCCAGGAUCACCUGGAUCCCAGGAUCACUCCAGAACCCAGGACCACCCCAUACCCCAUGAUCAUCCCAGAUCCCAGGAUCACACCAGACUCCUGGAUUACCCCAGAUCCCAGAAUCACCCCACAUCCCAAGAUCACUCUGGAUCCCAGGACCAUACCAGAUUCCAGGAUCAUCACAGAUCUUGGCAUCACCCCAGACCCCAGGAUCACCCCACAUCCCAUAAUCACUCCAGAUCCUUGGAUCACCCCACAUCCCAUGAUCACCCCAGACCCCAGGAUCACCUCAGACCCCAGGAUCACCCCGGAACCCAGGAGCAGCAUGAGCAGCUCACAGCGCUCCAGGCCAGGCUGUGCCAGCAGCAGCAGGACGCGGAGCGGGAGCAGAGCCGGCUCCAGGAGGCUGUGGCCAACUUGGAGACCAGGCUGGGAGAGCAGGAGCAGCUCCUGGAGCAGGAGCGCCGCCGCGCCGCAGCCGAGCGCUGCCGGGCGGAUUCGCUGCGGGAGGCGCUGGAGGAGCAGCGGCGGCUCUCGGCACAGCUGCGGGCCAUGGACAGGGCGGCGCUGGACGAGGCCAAGGAUGCGUGGCUGGAGGAGCAGCGGGCAGAGCUGCGGGAUCGCUCCGAGGAGCGGCAGCAGCUGGCGGCCGCCUGGGCCGAGUUCCACAGCCGGGAGCGCCUGAGCCGGGAGCGGGAGGAGCAGGACAAGGAGCGUGCCCUGGGCCUGGACUCGGCGCUGAGGAGCCUGGCCAAGGAUCAGGCAGAGCUGAAGUUCCGGAGCCGGGAGCUGAGAUCCAAGGAGGAGCAGCUGGUCAGAGACAGGGAGGAGCUGGACGAGGCCUGGCGGGAGCUGAGGCUGGAGAAGGAGAAGGUUCUCCGUGCCGAGCAGCGCCUGCAGGAGCGGGAGGAGGAGAUUCGUGACCUGGCCGAGCGCGCGGCGCAGCAGCAGCAGGACGGGCAGCGGGCGCUGCGGGAGGCGCGCAGGGCGCAGGAGGAGCAGCAGCGGCGGCUGCAGCGGCUGCAGGAGCAGCGGGAGCGGCUGCGGCAGCAGGAGCAGCGCCUGCAGCAGGAGCGGCGGAGCCUGGAGCGGCAGCGGGAACAGCUCCGGGAGCUGCGGGAGGAGCUGGGCCCCGGCCUGGGGACAGGGACAGCGCUGGGGACACUGCUGGCCCCUCCGGUGGCUCCGGUGUCUCCAGCGGCUCCAGCGGCUCCGGUGUCCCCGGUGACUCCGGUGGCUCCGGUGACUCCGGUGUCCCCGGGGCUGCUGCCGGGCCUGGCAGCCCCAGUGGCCCCGGUGGCUCCGGUGGCUCCGGUGUCCCCGGUGUCCCCGGUGUCCCCGGGGCUGCUGCCGGGCCUGGCGGCGCUCCUGGGGCACAGCGGGGCCCGGGCGGGCGUGGCCGCACUCUACGGACACGUCCUGCUGCUGAAGGAGCGCGCACGCAGGGAUCACGAUUUCCUGGAGAGCGAGCGGCUCUUCCUGGAGAGCCUGAAAAAGGGACCCUGAGAGAGCGGUGGAUUUUAAUAAAAAUAAAA